AUGAGUCCCUACAUGGAAGACCAAUCGAGCUCGGUCUCAACGAACGAUGGGCAAUCAAGUUUGGCAAUCCGCGUUUCCAUAGACCGCGGAGGCACGUUCUGCGACGUUAUUGCCCAGAUUGAAGGGCAAGACGACAUCGUUUUCAAGCUGCUAUCAGAGGACCCUCAAAAUUACCCAGACGCGCCAACGGAAGCCAUACGACGCAUACUCGAACGAGUCGAGAAGCGAAAGAUAGCAUUGUCCGAGAAGCUUGAUGGAUCACGCAUAACUUCUUGUCGAGUGGGCACGACCAUAGCAACAAAUGCCCUGCUCGAGCUGAAAGGCGAAAAGUUCGCUUUUGCCACGACGAAAGGCUUCAGAGAUGUCUGCAUGGUUGGCGACCAGACGAGGCCAAAGCUGUUUUCCCUGCGGGUAGAGAAGCCGAAAGCAUUGCACGACUGCGUCGUGGAAAUCGACGAGCGGGUAACUCCGGAGGGUUACGAUCUCGACCCUUUCCCCGUCGAUCAUGAGGAGCUGCUGCAGCGUCCAGACGUAGUCGAAACUGCAAGCGGUGAAGUCAUGCGCAUCCUCAAACGACCUGAUGCGAAAGCCGUACGAGUACAGCUUGAGGAGCUCCGUCAACAUGGCUAUACCACACUCGCUGUUUGUUUGAUGCACGCCUGGGCAUUUCCAGACCACGAGCGACAGGUGGCUAGCAUAGCCCGCGAGGUAGGAUUCAGUAAGGUGAUCUUGUCGAGUGAGCUUAGUCCGCAGAUCAAGCUGCUUUCAAGAGGCCAAGCAGUAUGCUCUGAAGCCUACCUUCUGCCGGUCAUCAGAGAGUAUGUCCACAACUUCGAGUCCAGAUUUGAGAAGCUCCCAGCAAGAGUGGAGUUCAUGUGCUCAGAUGGAGGCCUGCGACAGGCGAAGAAUUUUGGCGGUAACGAGGCUCUUCUCAGUGGACCCGCAGGAGGCGUGGUUGGUGUUGCGCAGUCUUGCUUUGAUGGAGAGACCAAGAAACCUCUGAUUGGGUUUGACAUGGGUGGAACGUCUACAGACGUUUGCCGAUACGAUGGCGCAUAUGACUACCUGACCGAGACCAAGAUUGCGGACCGCAACAUCACUGCUCCAAUCCUCAACAUCAGUACAGUUGCUGCAGGCGGCGGAUCCAUCCUUUGCAUCAGGAACGGCCUUCUCGUAGUGGGGCCAGAGAGCGCAGGUGCAUAUCCUGGACCUGCGUGUUAUCGUAACGGAGGGCCUCUGACGGUGACAGAUGCCAACCUAUUCCUAGGACGACUGGUAGUGUCCUCUUUCCCGGCAAUCUUUGGCGAAAACGCAGAUGAGCCACUGGAUGUUGACGUGGUCCAAAAGAAGUUUCAAGACUGCGCAGAUGACUACAAAGUCCAGACUGGACAGACUCUCUCUCCGGAGGAUCUUGCACUGGGUUUUCUUGAUGUCGCCAACGAGUCUAUGAGUCGACCUAUCAGGAACACAACAGAGGCUAGAGGCUACGCACCCGAAAGGCAUGAUUUGGUCAGUUUCGGUGGUGCUGGCGGUCAACACGCUUGUGCUAUAGCCGGCAAGCUAGGUAUGGAAAGGAUUACAAUCCACAAAUACUCGUCCCUCCUAUCGGCGUACGGCAUCUCGCUGGCGAAGCUGCAACACGAGACCUCAGAAACCUGCACUAGUGUAUGGUCCACGGAACAGCUUCCGCAGCUGCAGACACGUUUGGCCCGUUUACGAAAAGGUGUCUGCGAUGAACUCGUCGCGCAGGGCUCAGAUUCCGACUCCAUCGCUUACAAAGAGACCUUGAGCCUGCGCUACUUCGGCACCGAUACUACUCUGGACAUUCUCAAGCCGGCAGACGGCAACUAUGGCGCUGCUUUCACUUCGGAGCAUCUCCGCGAGUUCGCGUUCAAGAUGGACAGGCCUAUCGUUGUGGAUGCGGUGAAGGUUCGUGGUGAGGGCACAUCUGGUGCUCUCGCACAGCCACACUACUUGACACAGGAGUUGCAGGCUCUGAAGAAAAGAGAGCCAGCUUUCGUCUCCGGGAAUGAUCACCAACAGCUGUAUGUUGACGGCAAAUGGACUUCUGUCGACGUCCUCGACUUGCAGGCCAUAGCAGCAGGCUCGUCCGUCAAGGGCCCAGCAAUCCUCAUCGACCAAACGCAGACCUUGCUGGUGGAAGCCUCUUGGGUGGCCUGCAAGCUCCAAAGUCAUGUCGUUCUCGAGAGAUCUAAGGCUAUCGACCUCAGGAAGACUUUCGACAAGUCGAUGGAUCCCGUUCAAUUAUCUAUCAUGGCGCAUCGAUUCAUGAGUAUCGCUGAGCAGAUGGGGAAUACCCUGCAACGUACCUCCAUAAGCUCCAGCAUUCGAGAGAGGCUCGACUUUUCAUGCGCCAUCUUCUCGCCCGACGGGAAGCUGGUCGCCAAUGCACCACACAUUCCCAUCCACUUAGGCUCAAUGCAGUUCGCAAUCCAGGCCCAGCAUCGCCAUUGGGAGGGACAAUUGGAGCCUGGAGACGUGCUUUUGACGAACCAUCCCGAGUGGGGAGGAACGCAUCUCCCCGACCUGACUGUGGUCACCCCGUGCUUCGUCGACGAUCGCAUCGCAUUCUAUGUUGCAUCUCGUGGUCACCAUACAGACAUCGGCGGCAAAGGCAUCACAUCCAUGAUGCCAGAGUCGAAGGAGCUGUGGGAAGAGGGUAUCAUCGUGCCCACGAUGAAGAUCGCUUCUGACAGUUCCUUCCUUGAGGACGAUGUCCGCGCUGCUUUCGAUGCCGCUGGCAAGUUUCCAGGCUGUGCGUCGACCCGAAGAAUUGCUGAUAAUUUGUCUGACCUCAAAGCGCAAAUGAGUGCCAACCAAAGAGGCAUCACAUUGCUUACGAAGCUUUGUGCGGAGGCCACUCUGCCGCUUGUCCACGAAGCGAUGUAUGGGAUCCAGUCGACUGCUGAGGUUGCUGUUCGCUCUUUCCUCAAGUCGUUCGCAGCAAAAAAUCCAGCGCCGCUGAUAGCCACUGACUACUACGACGACGGCACGCCGGUGACGGUCAAGAUCACCAUCUCACCCAUCACCGGCGACGCACACUUCGACUUUGCCGGCACCGGACCGCAAGUCUGGGGCAACUUCAACUCGCCCAUCUCAAUCACACACAGCGCCGUGAUCUACACCUUGCGCUGCCUCAUCGAUCUUGACAUUCCGCUCAACGAGGGAUGCUUGAUGCCGGUCAGUAUCGAUGUGCCGAAGAACAGCAUCCUGAACCCAGGCCCCGGCGUGGCCAUCUGUGGCUCAACCAUCGCCAGUCAACGUGUCACUGAUGUCAUCUUGAAAGCUUUCGGCGUCUGUGCCGCUUUCCAGGGCUGUGCCAACUCCUUUGGCUGGGGCAUGGGUGGUCGCGAUCCCGUCACGGGCGAGACUACGAAAGGUUGGAACUCAGGCGAGGCUAUCGGCGGUGGUUGUGGUGCUGGGCCAGGCUGGAACGGCGAGCAUGCCGCACAAGUCCACAGCACCAACACACGCAUGACCGAUCCUGAGAUCAUUGAGAAGCGGACGCAGGUACUGGUGCGGAAGUCUGUGAUACGAGAAGGAAGCGGAGGGGAGGGCAAAUGGAGGGGCGGUGAUGGUGUGAGUAGAGAAGUGGAAGCGAGAAUGCCGCUGAAGUUCUCCAUCUUGAGUGAUCGGAGGGUGUACGCUCCGUACGGCAUGGAAGGUGGAGGAGAAGGGGCGAAAGGAUUGAAUUUGCUUUACCGUCAUGAUGGGAACGGUGGACACACACCGAUCAAUCUUGGUGGGAAGGCGGUGGCUAGUCUGGAAGCUGGGGAGUAUAUACAGAUCAAUACCCCUGGAGGCGGCGGAUGGGGGAGGAAGGACUGA